AUGUUUGGGACUUCCCGGACACCGGAUGGGGAGACACCCUUUGUACAGAAAACAAUUCAAAUCGAAACCGAGUUCGUUGUUCAACUUCCACAGUUGGAUGAUGUUGACUAUGUUCGCCAUGAUGUCGACCCAACUGAAGUUGCAAACAUCCAUCGUGUGAAUUCACAGCCUCAACAAUUAGAUGAUUUCAUUGUCGAUGAUGACAACGAGGGUCUAAAUACCGAAGAAGACAACUCCUUAGAAUUAGAGAGUGACAGUGAUGAUAAUGCUGUAUAUGUAACUGAUGAUGAGGAUGAUGAAUUUAUGUCUACACCAGGUGGCAGCAGUUCGAAAAAGAAAGGCGUUAGAGGUAAAUACAAGGGCAAGAAUGUUGAGGAGGAGCUCUCCAAAACACAAUCUGCCAAGUUACCGAUUGAGGUGCACGCAGAGACUGGCACCCCCGUAGGCAAGAACGGAAAAAAAUUCAACAAUAUGGCCAAAUGGAUGACUCGGAUGUCUAUCCCCAUUAAUAAAUUCAAAUGGGAAGAUGUCAGUAGAGCUGACAUCAACGCACUGUGGGAUAGACUUGAGACCAAGUUUAUCCUCCCACGAGAUAACCCUACAUUCGUAGACUACGGUGAGUACGAGAUGUCAAAGGGUUUACGUGACUGGAGGGCAGACUGCAAGAAGAAGUGGAUACAAAACAUUGAGGAGCUUGGACAGGAGAGGGCCGACAUGUCACCUCCUGAGGGAGUAACUCAAGAGGUGUGGAGUGACUGCAUCGCUUAUUGGAGCACAGACAAACAAAAGGUACAUUUUUUAAAAUUUUAAAUUUUGGUAAUGUUUAAUUUAUAUAGUCAAUAAUAAAUAAUUAAUUGUUAGAAAAAUUAUUAAUUUCAGGCGAGAGCAGCG